AUGUUUGGUUUCAUUCGUGACUUGGAACCAGAAUGCUAUGGAGAUUUACAAGACCGGACGGAAGCCCCAUGUUGGACAAUCAUCUAUUGCAACGCAGCGUUCAACUCAGACUAUGGAUUCAACCACUUUGUUCCCGGGUUUUCUGCAGACGAGUUGGGUGAAGAGGAGUACAACAGGAUUGUCCAGGGCAGCAAGGAUCUUCUCGCACAUAAGAUGCUUGUGCUAGAGCAAGAGCAGCAGCAUCGUGCUUCUCACUACUUGAGAAUGAAGGAAUUGCACGGAGGUUCUUCAAGCGUGACCGAGAAAGCAAAACAUAUGCUGGCCAACUGUGAAGAGAGGUGGAUGUCCUUGACUAAUUGGCAAGACUUUGUCGCCCGCUGUCACAAAAUUCAGGUGCAUCCUGUCAAUGUACCAGCAGAUGGAAAUUGUUUGCUUUGGACAAUAAAAUGCCUCCAGGAGCAAGACUUUUUCGGCACCGCCCUGGACGUCUCCAAUCCAGAGCAUGUGGGCUUUGUCCAUGAUUUGAGGCAAACCCUGUCUUCUGCCUGGCUUUCCAAGAUACACGACAAAGGUUGGGAGCGUCUCCAUGAGAAGAUGUACAUUCAUGAUGAUCGAGAGCUCUGUAUCCCUGCGCGGGUGAAGACUGAGAAGACUCAGAAUGACAAGCCUUCAAAGGGCGCAAGGCCUUCAGAGGUGAAGACUGAGAAGGGUCAAUCUUCAACCCCACCAAAGCGCCCAGUAGAAGAAGUUGCUUGCUUUGACAUUGUGACUCCAGAGGGAAAACCAACAAAGCAACCUCGCCGAGAUCGCAAGGCUCCAGGCUUUGAAGCUUCCAAGGCAUGCGCCGUUGGGACUUUGCGGCAGCCAGAUCGGAAAGGACAACGCAAACAGACAGUUCCUGAGCAAAAUCCUUUGGAAGCAAUGGAAGAUCCAGAGUUAGACAUGCUGGAGACCAAAAAGGAAGAUGAGGAGGACCAACCCGUUUCAGAUCUAAAGCCUGCUCGCAGCCGAGCUGCUCGCAAGAAAGCAAAGACCAGUCGUGAGUUGAGAGUCAAGGGCCUCAGAAACUACUUGGCACGUCUUGGAGUUACAUAUCCUGAGUGGAUGCGUUUCCAUUGGAGGGCUGCGGGAUGCCGGAAGGCGGCUGCGUGUCCGGAUGGUCAAUACACAACACUACAGGAAAGUCUUCUUGGACAUGUGGAUGCUUCAACUAUCACGUGUGAAGCAUGCAAGUCACUUCUGGAUGAAUUUCACUUUGAUGCUGCUGAAGCUGAGCAAGCCAUGGGAUUAGCAGAGGCUGGAGAGGCGACAGAGCCCAUCCCUAUUCAAGUUGCAGCUGAUGCGCACUCUGAGAGCAACCCUAGUGGGGAGAAGGAUGCGCCCGAUGCAGGGGUGGUUCCGGAUGAUCAUGAACCUGAAGACCUAUCGCUUCAUGCCUUUGCAAACAGUAUCAGACGAGUGGUCGUCAAAUUUGUGCUGAAGAAGUUUGCGGCAGAGCACUUGCAGGCACGUCUCUACCACAGUGAUCAGAAGCUUAAGGAUGUGGAGGCUGAGAUCAAAGCCGAUGAAAUCUACCUUUUCCAUCAGGCCCCUUUUGAUCGCAUCAUCAAUUUUCGCACGCAUGAGCUGCAGAUGUGGGUGCGAAUGAGCUUUCACAGCAUCAGUGUGAACAGAAGGAGCGAGCCAUUCCACAGCUUUGUGCAAACUGUGGUAGAUCCUUGUAUGAGGGUGAACGUGACAUCAGCUUUGCAGACCCGCCCUCAACUCCUGCAGGCUCAAGUCCUGUUCCAAGAGUUUCUUCAGAACGGAGAUGCAUCGGUGAUGGACCGUGUGAAUGCAGAGAUCGCAUCUGCAACAAUCAAUGGAAAGCUCCAGCAUCACCCACUUCUCCAAGGUCUGACGAUGAGCUGUCUGAAAAUGUUGGAUCGACAAGAGAAAGGCCUCAAUAUGACUGGCAGAAACGCUGCUACGUCAAUUCAAGCCACUGAGGAAGGCCGCAUGUUGGUGCAGGAAGCGGGGGCCACCUUGGCCAUCCUGGGCUGCAACAAGGAGAUUUUGAAGCGAUUUGGCCAGAACUCUGCCACAAGGUCAGUGUUUGAAGACAUGCGGGCUCACUCGCUUCCUACUCCAAGGCUGGCACUGGCAACGCCAACUCAGGUUCAAGAGAACUUGCAGCUCAUUGACCACCAUUUGAGCGCGACCACCAUGACAAGCGGUUGUAGAUGCAUUUGUGCCUUUGAUUGCACUUACCUCCUCCAGCUGCAGUCUCAACACUUCAACAAAGAGGAGAGGACUGUUUCCAUUGUGGGUGGCGCGUGGUCUCCUGAAGACAAUAGCCAUGCAGCUGUGGAGGUGAAUGACGACUUGGACCUUACAGCCAUCAAGCCAGCGACUGACAUGCUAGAACUCCUGGUUUGGGACCCCUCUGCCCGAGUUCAACUGUGCCUCAGUGCAGCGGAGAUGCCAGUAGCCAUCAGUGAUGUGGACGGGAAGUUUAUGGCGCAGGUCAUCGAUCAGUUCAUGGCAAAUGGGGGUGCAGAACUUGUGAAAUGUUUGUGCUUUGAUGCGCACGGUAGCCACCAGCUGAUACGUCGUGCUUUGCAGGGCGUUUUGCAGGACCGAGACCAUGCCGUCCUGGCAUCCUUUGAUUCCAAGUUCUUUCGCCAUCUGUCAUACAGAAAGUUGCCGCCGCAUUGCUUGCCCAAAUUUCCACUUCAGCUGGCAACAUUCAAAGGAGAAGUCUACUAUUGUUUGCCAGGGCCUGCGCACGCGGCCAAAAACUCAGGUGGUCAAGCGCAAUCAUCUUUGCGCACGGUCCGGUUUGGACAAUUUUGGCUAGAUCUCUCGGGGACUCUCCUCUGCGGAAUGCCAGCAAGUGCAUACGCAAGGGAUGACCCGCAAUCAGACGCCAUACAGGCCCUCCUAUCAAAUCCAUGGUUUCUUGUCCACUCCAGCCAGGGAAGUGUUGACAUGAUCCCCAUCCCAUGGAUGAAUCGAGGAGCGCUUUUGUGGUCUUUGACUACAGCUCUGUGCCACGCACCGAUGAUGCACAAAUCGAUGAGCUUGCAGCAGCGGACAGAGGUAGCCCUUUCCGGCGACCUGCUAUGGGAUCUAUGGAUCCUGAUGGCAGCAAAGGAAGAGGCUGCUGCCGGUGUUUUUGUGGGAAGCUUCUCCAUGGCCAGGGAAACGAUCCACAAUUUACAGAAUGUCUGCUUGGCUCUUGUGUCAAUGGCUUUGACGAAACGGGCUACUCACCUAGUUUUUGAAAAACUGUCUAUUGAGCAGCUGUUUGGACGUUUACGGACCAAGCGGGCGAACGCCCAACUCACAGCAAAGCAGUUCUGGUGGUCCAGCCAGAAAGAGAUGCUUUCUGCAGCAAACCGCAGCAAGCUCGGUGAGCUCAAAGAAGACAACUUCAAGGAGCCGCCCUUGACGGAUGUUCAGUUUCAUGGAACAUAUUGCACCCUGCAACUUGCAGCGUGGGCCGGGAAUGUCACGGUGGAGUCUUUGAAAGCCUACUACAUCGAAUCGUGCGAGGCAGACUGGUUUGAGAAGUCUCACAACUUUGCACCCGAGUUCGGGAAUGGAGAAGAAUCUGAUGAUGAACGCGAGGCCGCUCAAGAUGUGACCGAGAACCAGCGCUGCCAGCAGGCUUUGAGGGAGAUCGUGCAGUCCGCAGUCCACACUGUAGCGUCAGAGGAAGAGGGACAGGAUGGCGAAGGGUCAACUUUGCAGACGGUAGAUUUGCGCCGUUUGGAUGAGGACUCCAGGGCCGAGUUGGAGCCAGUCUUGAGGGAGGAGGUCAGGUCAAUCCAUUUCAUAGAGGUGUUUGUGUUGAAAAUUUUCAGAGUCAGGUCACUUGGUGGUUGCAAGUGGAACGCUCUAUUUCGCUUGUGUUUGUACCUCCGGGCUGCGCCAGACGGCUGUGAUUCCAUGUGGCUGAAGAAUCCGAGAGCGAAAAGGAAGAGACCAUUGACAUGGUGUCAGGAAAAUCAGCAGAAGCUGAAGGUCUUGCAGGCGAAGGCCACAGAGAACCGAGACCGUGUGAGAGCCGGGAGGUCCGGGAAUCUAGUGCUCUUUGUGGACAACAAUGAACAGAUUGGCCUUGGUGUAGUUCUUGUGGUUUGGCGGAUUGGCAAGAAGCGGCGGCCAUCAAAACCAAUGUUUUUCUCAUGUCGGGCAACCAGUACAGUCAAGAUUGUUCCACUCGAUUCGCUUGUGGCAGUGUUGGAUUGUGAAGACAGUAGAAGACCGGCGCAUGAGCUCAUCAAUGAGUGCGUCUUCGCCCUGACUCCGGAGUCUGUGCAGGUCAUGCGAGAAGCGAUUGAACGAAAAGCCGAAGGUUGGAAGUGCAGCUACGUUGGAACGCAUGUCGUGGACUCAGAGAAGAAGCCCCGCCGGAGAAUGAGAACAUUCAAACAAACGUCCGCCAUCAUUGCACGAAAGCGUGCACAAUUGACAGAGAAGAAGAACCCCAAAAAGGUCAACGCCAAGAACAAGACGACCAAAAGCAAGAAGAAGAAUUUGAAGGUGUGUGCAGCCAAGAUUGAGCCCGUACCUGCCAAUUUCAGAAGAAGCGCGCAGGGAAGGUCGCUCAUCCAGCAGGAGAUGACCAGCAUUUUGGAGAUUGACAAAGUCAAGUUUGGAGCCAAGCCAGCCUUUGAUUCAGAUGGCAAGUGCCGGCUGAAGAUUCCAUCGGCUGAGAACCAGACAUGGACCAAAGUCUUGGCAAAGUCUCCUGCCUAUUUUGAGUCCAUCUACUCCACCCGCCAACGGGCCUUGUACGGAGAAUCCGUGCACAAGCAUCUCAAAUCCCUCAAGGAACAGGUUGCCCGAGAGGAGCGAUCUCCGUGGCUUCGCUUGCUCCGCGCCCUGUGUGAGAUGCCUGAUGUCAGCUAA